AUGUCGGAGCUCGCGCAUACGAUCGAGCCGACCGAGCCGCUCCUCCCGCCGCUCGCGCUCGCCGCGUACGUUGCGUGCGUCGCUGGCGCUGCCGCUCUCGCCAACUGCUCCGUGAUAGCCGCCCUCUUCAAAACAUCUAGGAGUGGUUUACUCACCAUCAUUUUACAAUUAGCUCUGGCUGAUCUCAUACUUGGAGCAACAGUAGGACCCGAGUUAUGGUCUUACAAUGCCAGAUCGUGGCCUUUUGGUCAACACAGCUGUGUGGCCUAUCGAGGACUGAACGUUUUUGCAUCAACUGUAUCAUCCUACUUGGUAGCUACUAUUGCGCUACAUUCGCUUGCCACGAUAAAUGUAGAAGAAAAAGCUGUCGCUAAACGAAACAAACGUAACGCACAGGAUGAAGACGAAGAAAUAAGAUCUUCACGCCAUAGUUUAGUGACAAGCAGUGACUCCUCAACUCCGCCGAGAACUAUGAACCUGGACUAUCGGCUGACUGAUCGUCGAAUCUCAGUGGCACAACCGUCAGUGUUUGUGUGGGUGCUGGCUAUAUCGUUAAGUGUUCCCGAAUAUAUUUUAGCAACUACAGUGCACCAGGGUGAAAGCAUUGUACUGUGCACUAUUGUGGACAACAGUCAACGUCUGCAUAUGUACUCUAUCCUUGCUCUAUUAAAUUUGUUCCUACCUCUGUUUAUUAUGAGCAUCGCUGGUGUUUUAGUCAUUAUUAAGUUGAAGAUAAAGAAAAUACUAUCUCAGAUUGAAAGCUUUGAAUCCACUGCUGCACUGAAGUUGUCGCUGUGGCUAAUAGUGAUUUACAUUGUUUUAUGUACUCCUCGGUCUUUUGUCACCGCCUAUAAUAUUUAUUCCAAGUCAAUACUAGCUAAUGAGACUUCGUUGGCUCCUAACAAUGACAUGACUGUUGUGAAUGUAGCAACCAGCAGCACGUUUAUUAUUUCAACUUUGAUUCGUCCACUGUUGAGCAUAGCUUUAAUACCGCGUGUGAGGAAAUCGUUUUCUUUCGGAUCGUAUACAAGUACAGACAACGUCUAG